GAGAUGAAAGUGUGGGAUCCAGCCGGCCUAUAUCUGUCUCCCCACUCCCACAUGAAAUGCAGAUAAGGAGAAAAGAAGGUAUCUUGUCUGGGGCGCAAUGGUGACCCACAUCCCAGCUACACCACACCCCCCUAAAGCAUCUCAUCACGUCAGACUCCAUAAUGACCCACGCGAUCUGAGCUAUAUGACUCCCAUACAUACCACCGAAUGGCCUGGUAUUUAACUUUAAAUGUGCCAGUAACGCCUCCGCAUGCCACGGGAUGUACGUGGGCACUUCCUCUGGAUUUCGAAAUGCCUCAUUUUAUUCUAUCAGUGGGAGCCAGACUCGUUAGGGCUGCGUCCAUUUCUUGUUCCACAGGAGGGUCCGUGCUGAAAGUGAAUUUUUGUAAAUUGAAUCAUGAAUCACUUUUAUUCUCCUAAUCACUAACACGGUAUUCUUGGACUUUGAAACAUGUCUCCUUCGCAUUGGUCAUUUUUGUCGACUAUUUUUUAAAAUCCAUUUUUGAACGACCACCCCUACGAAACAUGGUACGCCCCACUCCCUGCCGUUAGCCGUUGUUAUAUCCAAAUGCUAGUGAACAGAUAUGUUGCUACACGCUGGCGUUAAAGCCACGAAAAGAUGCGCCUUCACGGGAUUAAAACAAUAAAGCAAACAACAAGAAGUCUGGAAAAACUUUGCCCAACUGUGCCCAAACUUUGGUAGACUACAACCCAAAGCACUUCCCUUCAGUUUCGAGUGUGUUAGCAUUGUUUUAUCUCUCGCCACUAUUGCCGUCGGACGCGUUUUUAUCUUCUUCUGGAGCAGUCCAGUCUGAUGAAUUCACCGAAAAAAGACGGAGAUGAUGAUGUGCCCGUUAAAGACCCGGUAAAAUACGGAGAAUUGGUCAUUUUGGGGUACAAUGGCUCUCUUCCAAGCGGAGACCGCGGGCGCAGAAAGAGCCGCUUCGCUCUGUACCGAAGAGCCAAGGCCAACGGGGUCAAACCCAGCGCCGUGCACAUCCUCAACACACCGCAGGACAGCAAGGCUGUCCACAGCAGGGGGCAGCACAGCAUCUCCUUCACUCUGUCUCGCAACCAGACGGUGGUGGUGGAGUACUGCCAUGACAACAGCACAGACAUGUUCCAGAUCGGACGCUCCACAGAGAGUCCCAUUGACUUUGUGGUGACGGACACCUCCGGGGUGGGGAAGGAGGGGGAGGACCCCUCCAUCGCUCCGAGCACCAUCUCGCGUUUUGCCUGCAGAGUGGUGUGUGAACGCAACCCACCUUACACUGCACGAAUCUACGCCGCUGGGUUUGACUCCUCCAAAAACAUCUUCUUAGGGGAGAAAGCAACCAAAUGGAAAAACCCUGAUGGGCACAUGGACGGCCUGACCACCAACGGGGUGCUGGUGAUGCACCCGGAGGGGUUCCCAGAGGACCCCAAGCAGGGUCUGUGGCGGGAGAUCUCCGUCUGUGGGGAUGUUUACGCCCUGCGUGAGACGCGCUCUGGACCCAGCCGGGGAAAACUGGCGGAGGGUGAGAGCAGUGCACUGCGUGACGGUUCCCUGGUCGACCUGUGCGGUGCCACCCUGCUGUGGCGUACAGGUGAGGGGCUCAUGCGCGCCCCCACCCUGCGUCACCUGGAAGCACUUCGCCAGGAGCUCAAUGCGUCCCGGCCCCAGUGUCCCGUAGGCCUCAGCACGCUGGCCUUCCCCAGCAUGCCACGCAGCCACAGGUGGGACCUUGAAGAGCGUCAGCCUUGGGUCUACCUCACUUGCGGCCAUGUCCACGGACGCCACGACUGGGGCCAGAGAUCCGAGGGAGUGGCGGAGCCGCGAGAGGGAGAGGGCUCCACAACCCGCCGAGAAUGUCCCCUGUGCCGGAGCGUGGGUCCCUACGUGCCCCUGUGGCUGGGCUGUGAGCCGGCCGUGUACGUGGACGCUGGAGCUCCCACUCACGCUUUUGUGCCGUGCGGCCACGUCUGCUCAGAGAGGACAGCCAGGUACUGGGCCGAGACCCCGCUGCCCCACGGGACGCACGCCUUCAGAGCCGUCUGCCCCUUCUGCUCCGCCGCCCUCAGCACCCCCGGCUGGACGCGGCUCAUCUUCCAGGGCCCCAUCGACUAGUCGCUACUCAACACACAACCACUAUCACAGUAACAGCCGGAUGCCUGAGCUUCAUCCGCGGUGCAAUCGUUGGUCAGUGUUCAGUGUGGACAGGUAAUUGGUUAGGAGUGCCUGUCCUUUUCACGUUCUAACAGCAGGUGUGCGCCACACAUUCUGAGUGUACAACAAACACUGUCCAACGUUGUGACUGGAUGUAGCCCAAAGCUGAAUCCCUGCCCUCGUUCAUCCCUCAGUGCUUGUUGAUUGGUAUAAGAUCUGGAGAAUAGGUGGACAGCAUUUACUCUAAAUGGUCCUCUUGUCAGGGAACAUUCUGCUGUUUUUCAUUCCAACUAAACACCAGCUGAUUUUGCUCAAGUGUAAGUACAACAAAUCAUACACAGGAGCUCAGCCGAUGCUGCUUGACCCUUUUGAAAACAAUUAUUUCCACUCCAUUAUCAAAUGACAAACGGAUCUUAACACGUUUAUUUGUAUGUCUCAGAAGCCAUGUCUGAAAUGACGAGUAGCUUUUUGCACAAAAGAAAGGAAUGGCCUUUUUUACUCAGUUCACCUGCAGCGCCUUACUCGCCUGCAGCGCCCGUGUGUCCUUAAACUCGGUGAAACGCCGCCUCUUGCACUUCUCGGCCUGAUAUCCGACCACUUCUUGAUUUCUCAAACACGUCACCGUAAUUGUUGUGAAAUGCUGCCACUCAUCAAACAGUAUAACCCACCCGGUCUCAGCUUAUGCAAAAAAAAAAACCUUCACCUCUCACACCUAGUCUCUUUAUAGAUUUGCACCCUGACGUCCCCGUCUUCCUCCCUCAAUGACCGGCUGCUUUAUAUUCAUAGCCGUGUUCUCAGCAGGCAGGUUUAACUCCUCAUGGUGAACGUGUGGGAGGUUACAAGGUGAGAUCAGAGGCUUGUGCUUCUACACUGCAUUUACAGUGAAUCACUAGUAUUUCUUUACGCGAGUAUAAGAUGUUUUCAUCCUUUGUCUUCAUGUAUCAGACGUCAAUGAGCCUCCUUGUGUCCUAUGAGGUUGGAAUGAAAACCUGCAGACUCUUUGAUUAUCUCUGAAGCACUAGAGGGGCCGCUACACUAUGCUGUGUCAAAUAGUUCACCUCUUAAGGACAAAUCUUACGCUGAUUAUCAAGCAGGCGGAGGAUAAGCACGGGCUGGGAGUGAAACUGGGUAAAAUCCACUUCAUAACUCUCUACAGCAAUAAUAGCAGUCCCAUAGAUAAGCUAGAUGUUGUGCUACGGUUAGCCACGCGUGAGGGCGGCGGCCGCGUUGAACAUGGCUGAAAUGGUUUCCAGGUUAAGCGCUCAACCAGAGGCGUGUUCAAUAUCACGAUUUGUUUUAUUUCCAAAUGUGGUGUGUGUGUGUCUGUGUGUGUGUGUGUGUGUGUGUGUGUGAGUGAGUGAUGUAACCAAAGCACUAGAAUUUAAAGAUGAGCAACUGAAUCAGCGAGGAAACACCUGACAUUCAUUUUAAUACUCACUAAAUACUCAUUAAUAGCCUAAACGUGUUGACAGAAAUGAGCACGUUUACGCUGCCGAAGAACACAGCAGCUGUCGUAAAAGAAGAAAUUGCAUCGCUACUGUUAUUUUGAACACGCUUCUGGUUGCUGAAUUCUGCUGAACAGGGUCCGUGUUAGAGUGGUAUGCAUAACCUCAAAAGAUAACCUUUUUGUUGUUGUUUAAAGAAAACUAUUUUGUUAGGAAAGGGGGAGGGGUUUAUUUGGGGGAAGCGGGAGGAAUUCUUUUAGAUGUUCAGUGUUUAAAAAAAACAGCAACUAUUUUUCUAACUGAUAAUUGGUUUUAGUGAACUAUUGUUACUCAGUGUAAGCAGGUUCCGUAUGUUUCUGAAUUGUUCUCAUGUGGUAGAUCUAGGAGAGCUUGUGAGUGAGAAAACAUUGCCAACACUGUGUCCAACAAACACACACUUAACACACUGCUACCGUAAAAACAUUGCCCAGACAAUGAAUGUAGCCAAAUACUCAGGCUAUAUUUAGCCUUCCCUGGUGCUCAUAAUGAAUGGUCUAUAUUGUGAUACUAUUUUUGUAACUGAAUAUUAUGGUGUUGCUUGGUGAACUAGCUUGAAAAAGUCAGAUCAUUUUCAAUAAUAGCCUCAAAAGUGUGGAAGACGUAUAAUUGAUAAUACACACUCACGUGGAAAUUGUGUCUAGCUUGCAUGUGCUGAACGUACACAUACAGUAUGUACACUACACGUACUCGGAAAAACUUUGCACGGUUGAUUGCCAACCUGUUAUUCAUGCUGAGAGCGUUUCUCGCAGACCAAGAUGUCUUCCGAGCCCUCAGCUGGUAAAACUACAUCAUUUCAGUUUCUUUCUUUUGUUUUGGAAAACUUCUCUAAAAGAAAAAUAGAGGGAGAGAGAGAGAGAGAGCCUAAAAAAAAAAAAUCCUCAUACUUGAUAGAUGCGUGACUUUUGUGAAUGAGACCUGUCCAAUCCCACUUUGUACUACUAUGCUAAUAUUUCCCACCAAACCAAUUCACUGCAGAAAGCAUUUUGUAUUCAGAGCGAUCAUGGGACAUUUAAAGUGACUGAAGGUCAGCCUGCUGUUUAAAAAAAUAAAUGAAAGCUGUUUGAUGUUUAAAUACAAGAUUUGAACUCCCGAUAGUGGAUGGUUGAUAAUUACUGUAGCUCAGGAUUAGUGAUUUCAGAUUCAUAGCUAGAGAGACAUGACAGGAGCCUGGUAGGCCACACCUUCAGUCAAAAAGAUUCACAACUGCAAAAAAAACACAUAAACUAGGUGUGAGAGUGAUCAUCUGAUGUAAAUGCCAAAUUUGAGAGGACGUACUGUCGGGUAGACGGCCACAGGUCUAGCAUCAGUCACAUACGGGUCUUAAUUAAAGGGGCACAAACAGGCUAUGAAAACAUCUGGAUGAGCUGCACGCCCAAUCCAGUGAAUCCUGCUUUUGAAGAGAACGUAUACAACAAUUAAUGUAACACCAUUGGCGUGUGGAUGGAAGAACCGUUGCAGUACCCUCAUUGGCUUCUAGUUUAUAUGCUGAUAUAUUUAUUUUAGCUCAUUUUCCUUUACUUUUCCUUUACUUUAUUCUUCCUUUAAACCCUCUUUGGGUUAUAGGUGUCCAUAUGCAAUUUCCUCUCCCUUGUUUUUUAGAUUUUUAGUAUUGGUGAAUUUUUCAGAUACAGUAUUUUAGGUUGUUUUAAACCACUAGUUACAUCAUUAGCAGUUUCUCUAACUUUGUUUUUUUUUUAAUUAUAUGUUUCAAUUGAGCUUCACUUCAAAAUGGCAAAACCUCAACCUCCUCAUCUAAUUAACUCAUCUUUCUACAGGUGAGCGAGUAGCUGACACGUAUACAGCGUAAAACCUCACAGUUGAUAAUGCAUUCCCUUUUAAUACAUCUGUGUUAUGUACAGCCAUUUUGUAUUAUUUUAUAUCAUAUUCUUCUGUAAUCGUCCGGUGCACAGACAAUCGCUAUACACAUGUCAAUAAACCUGUUAAAAAUGAA